AUGUUGCAUUCUUGGGUAUUAUUUCUUUAUAUUGGUUUUAUCGAGGUUGUGUGUGGGGAGGUGGAGAGCCAAGUAAGUUUUAAUGUAAAUAAUGUUGAUUAUGAUCCUUAUGAGAAAGCUGUUAAUAUAUUGAGUGAUAAAAUCCGCUACGAUGAUGAAAUUGAUUAUUAUUCAAAGAAGAAUAUCUCUGGAAUUGAUAUAACGAUUCCUGUAGACUAUUCAGAAGAUGAACAAGAAUUUCGAUACAAGAAGUUUUGGAAAUCUGAGGCCACUACAUGGCAAAAGGAAGCAAUUGGAUAUUUAACGAUAUCAAGUGAUAAAUUUAACAAUACUGCAGCAACACUUUUAUUAGCACAAAUACAUCUCUGGGGAGAAUAUGGCUACCCUAAUAAUAAGACACUUGCAUAUAGCUAUUUGAAUAAAUAUAAUGAGAUGAUUGGUUUUACUGAUGGAGAGGCUUUAUUUGAUUUAGCAGUUAUGCUUUCUACUGGUUUAUUUGGAGCGAUUCCAAUUGAUAUUGGUAAAAGUUUAUUAUACUAUCAACAAGCUGCUUCCCUUGGGAAUAUGAAAGCAAAGCAAGCACUUGCUUAUAGAUAUGCUAAUGGUCUGAAUGUUCCAAGAGAUUGCAAUAUGGCUCUGUUGCUAUACAGAGAACUAUCAGACGAAGUACGCUCCAAGUACUCGGACUAUGAAUGGAAUGUAGCAUUGCCUUAUAUGGAAACAUAUAAUAUUAGAAUUCCAGAUUUUCAAGGAGGGUUAUUAGGUGAGGGCCUAAGCUCGACGCAUUCCUCAACUACUAGGAAGGAUUCUGUCAGACCUGACAUAACAUCCUCUUUGUUGACGCAAAUGAAUGGGGGACAAAUUGUACUACAAUUUGGUAUUGGUGCAAAAGACUAUGCUGCAGAUGGUGAAUCGGAUGAUAGUAAUGAUAAAUUAGUUGAUCUGUACUAUACUGCAUGGGAUCUGUAUAAAGGUACCUACGAAAGAAAUCGUGAUGUAGAAUCCGCAAGAACUAUUUUGGAAUUAGCGAUUGAAGUAUAUAGCAGUUCAGAACCUUAUAUGGAUAAUUUACAAAUAUAUUUCUUUGGGAAAUGUUACUACUUACUAGGCCAUAUUUAUUUUACAGGAGAAGGUAUAUCCAAACCUGAUAUAGAAAGAGCUCAGCUUUUAUUACAAAAGUCCAUAGAUAUUGUGGAAAAUGUUAGUGCCGUGAAAAGUAAAGCAAAUAUUGAUAUGGGAUUAAUAAAUCAAUUUAUCAAAAAUGAUACUUCAAAAGCAAUAAAAUAUUAUAGAAAUGUCUUAGAAGAAAAUGUUAAUGAUGGAACAGCAGACUACCAAUUAUCUAAAUUGUCUUCUGAGAAACCAGAACUAAAUCUAGGUGAUCCUUUCGUUUUAAUGCAAACAGCUUACAGAAGAUCUCACAUUGCUGGUACAUAUGAAUACGCUAAAAUGAUCGAAGAAAGUGUGAAUAAUUAUUACAGUUGUGAAGACACAUCAUUUUUGUUUAAAAGAUUUUUGGAAAUGAAUGAGGUUAUUGUUGCUCCUCAAUUAAGAAUUGCAUUCUCUGAACUAUUAAAGGGUAAUACAGAAGUAGCAUUAUGGGCGUAUGCACAAGCUGCAGAACAAGGUUUUGAAGCAGCUCAAAUUUCAGCUGCAUAUCUUUUAUAUCAAGAUGCAUAUUUGAUGGAAGAAGUACCAGAGACUACAGACGAAAGAAAAUCUAUGGCAAUCUCAUACUACAAUAGGGCUUUCAAGCAAAAUAACAUUGAUGCAGCAAUUAUUGCUGGUAACAUUUUUUAUAAUAUGAAAGAUUAUAGCAAAGCUAUUGCUAUGUAUCAAAGCGCAUCCCUACGAUUUGCUCCUCAAGCAAUUUGGAACCUAGGUUACAUGUAUGAACAUGGGUUAGGAGUCGGUGUAGAUUAUAAGAUGGCACAUGAUUACUACAAUCAAGUGCUUGAUCAUAACCCUGAAUUAUUUUUUGCUGUGAAGCUUACUGUGAUGAAAUUGACAUUAAAAUCAUGGAUUAGCUGGCUAUCUGGUGAGCCAGUGAGUUUUUGGAAUCAGGAUAAAGAAGAGAUAGAUGGAGUAAGUAUAAUAUCACAAGAAGAGCAAAUGUUAUCCCAGAUGUCAAUAUUCAGGCGCUUUAAAUACAGUGUUGAGCAAGCCUUGCUUGAAAACUCAGGUCACCAUGCAUACCCAACUCCACUAACAGAAAAGCAAAUUAAUGAUAAACAACAAGAAAAGAAAAAGAAGGACGAGAAAAAUGAUCCAACUGAUACGGGUUGGGUUGAAAAAUUUAUAAUGAAAAUAGAUGAACUCGGUCUAUCGUUAGAAGAUGUCCUGUCGAUUAUGUUUAUGGCAAUGAUUUUACUUGUCACCAUGAUAAUUCGCCCACUAAUAAUAAGAGCAGGAUGGAAUGUCCGCAUCAAUGGCAUCGUCAUUAGAGGCAACGCAGAGGCAAAUGGUGAACAGGAGCAACCACAGGAAGUUCAACCAGCCAAUAUAGACAUUCAGUUUUUUGCCAUCUGA